GUGUUGAAUUUAAAGUCUUCUAAUGUCGAAAUAGACAAUCAGGUUGUUGAGCUAAUGGUUAGAAUUCUUGGGAGAGAAUCACAGCAUUCGAUUGCAUCCAAACUGCUCGAUGUAAUUCCGCUUAAGGAUUAUUCUCUUGAUGUUCGAGCAUAUACUACCAUUCUUCAUGUGUAUUCUCGUACUGGCAAGCACAAAAGAGCAAUCUCUGUGUUUGAGAGAAUGAAGGAGACAGGGUUGUCUCCUACUUUAGUCACUUAUAAUGUCAUGCUUGAUGUUUAUGGGAAGAUGGGUCGCUCUUGGGAUAAAAUUUUAGGCCUACUGGAUGAAAUGAGAAGCAAUGGACUCAAAUUUGAUGAAUUUACUUGCAGGAUUUAUUUAGAGGCCUUGAGCAUUUUGAAAGAGAUGGAGGAUAAUAACUGUCCUACCGACUCUGUAAGGUAUAAUGAGCUUGUGGCCGCUUAUGUGAGAGUUGGGUUUUACAAGGAAGGAGCAGCCUUGAUUGGGACAAUGAUGCACAAAGGAGUGAUGCCGAAUGCUGUUACGUAUACAACUGUGAUCAAUGCCUAUGGGAAAGCAGGAGAGGAGGAACAGGCUUUGAAAUUGUUUGACAAGAUGAAAGAGUCAAGAUGUGUCCCUAACGUGUGCACUUACAAUGCUGUGCUUGGGAUGUUAGGGAAAAAGUCACGAUCAGAGGAGAUGAUAAAGAUACUUUGUGACAUGAAAUCAAGUGGAUGUUCCCCUAACCGCAUUACAUGGAACACAAUGCUUGCCAUGUGUGGUAACACGGGAAUGCACCAAUAUAUUAAUGCUACAAAAAUGUAUGAGGAGAUGAUUGAAGUAGGUUUCGUGCCAUGUGCCACAACUUACAAUGCGCUUCUAAAUGCUUUGGCUAGACGUGGUGACUGGAAAGUAGCAGAAUCUGUUAUUCUAGACAUGAAAAAUAAAGGCUUCAGACCUAAUGAAACCUCGCACUCUUUGAUGCUUCAGUGUUAUGCAAAGGGAGGAAAUGUACUUUUAAGAACCCUUGUUCGUGCAAACUUCAAAUGUGGAGCACUGGUGGGUAUGGAGAGGGCAUUUCAGGAAUUGCUUAAGAGGGGUUAUAAACCUGAUUUGGUUUUGUUCAAUUCAAUGCUUUCCAUUUUUGCCAAAAACAGCAUCUUGAUGGACAUGUAUGCCAGAGUGGGAGAAUGUUGGAAAGCUGAGGAAAUUCUCAAAGGGCUACAGACAUCUGGUGGAAAUCCAGACCUUGUGUCUUACAAUACUGUCAUUAAAGGAUUUUGCAGGCAAAGGCAUAUGCAGGAGGCCUUAAGAAUUCUAUCUGAAAUGACAACCAGAGGGAUCCGACCAUGUAUUUUUACUUACAAUACUUUUCUGGCAGGCUAUGCAGCACAGGGGAUGUUCAAAGAAAUAGAUGAAGUGAUCAGCUACAUGAUUCAGCAAAACUGCAAACCAAAUGAUCUUACGUACAAGAUUGUGGUGGAUGGUUAUUGUAAAGCAAGAAACUACAAAGAAGCCAUGGACUUUGUAAAGCAAGAAACUACAAAGAAGCCAUGGACUUUCUUUCAAAGAUCAAGGAGAUGGAUAGCUUUUUUGAUGACCAGUCGAUACAAAGACUUGCUAUCCGCAUAAGAGAGAAACUAGAGUCAUGAAUUCUAAAGAUUCCUAUCAUUUUCCUUGCUUCUUGAAGAAAAUACCUGGGUCAAUCUUGGUGGAAUAUUUGACCAACUGACUGGCUUGUUCAUAUUUUCUCCUCAAUCAAGUUACCAAUAGCCAGUUAUGUAUUUUAUUUGACUACAUUGGAUUCUCUACUAGAUUCAGAACUAAACAGAUCAAGAGUUUCAGCCAUUUGAAUCUUUAACAUUCAGAUAUCUUCAGAAGGAAACCAAAGACAGGCAUCCAUGGUCAUUGGUAACUCUGCAGUUCACUUGCUGCUGCUGCUUGCCAUUCUUCCUCCUAUGCACCAGCCCUUAGCUCGACUGAGACUGAGAUUGUUAGAAGCUUCAACCUUCUGAUCACUUUGUCAAGUUUGGUUGAAAUUUCAUGCCUCGUUGUCCUGUAGCAAAUAUUCUUUUACCAUUUUUUGCCACUGAAUUUGUAAAUCUGUUUAAUUCCUUGUACCUUCCUUUGAGUUGAACAAAAUUAAAGCUACAAA